CGGGGCCCCAUUCGGCAUUAACAUACAUGCUACUUGCGUUGAAAUGGUAUGGUAUAGCAUAUGAGAGAUGAAGUGAAGACACUAGCUAGCAGCAGAGGCGGCCAUGGCUUCGACGCUCUUGAUCAAUUCUUGUACAUUUGUGCUGCUCCUUGCGACCUCCUUCGUUUCUCCACUGUCGUUCAACCUCUCCACCAUCGGACCCGACCACGCCAAUCGCGACAUCACGCUCCAGGGCGACGCCUACAUCUCCAGAGAAGGCCUGCAGGUCACCACCGACGAGAGGACCCGCCUCAGCAGCGCCGGAACCGGCCGCGCCACCUACGUCGACCCCUUGCGCCUGUGGGACAACGCCACCGGCAACGUCACCGAUUUCGACACUCAUUUCUCAUUCGUCAUCCAGUCGGCUUCUAGUACAGCCUGCACCGCCGACGGCCUCGCAUUCUUCUUGGCUCCUCUCAAUUCCACCAUCCCGUUGAAUUCCUCCGGCGCCGGCCUCGGCCUCGCCUUCCGCAACGCCACCGCCAACGUCUCCGGAUCUCCCUUCGUGGCCGUGGAAUUCGACACCUUCGUCAAUUCUGAGAAUGAUCCGCCGAGUACCGGCCCGCAUGUAGGCAUCGACGUCGACUCGCUGAUUUCCGCUGCGUAUGCGCCGUGGAGGAACAAUCUCACUCUGGGGAGGCUAACCGAUGUUUGGAUUAGUUACAGGUCUUCUUCCAAAAAAAUUCUCGUUACCUUUACUGAUUUUGUGGAUAAUGAGGCUCACACAUCCAGUAUUGAGUAUACUAUUGAUAUGCGGAAUUAUCUACCGGAGAUGGUUAGCGUCGGCUUCUCUGCUGCAACGGGAGAGUGCUUCCAGAAAAACAAUGUCAAGUCAUGGAGUUUCAGUUCCACUUUGGAGCUCAAAACCCCUAAUGUCACCUCCCCCCUGGAUCCUAGUAGCAGCAGCUCUAGGCCGAAGACGAAGGGGGGUAAAGUGAUUGGAUUGGUUGCAGGUCUCUGUGUUGCAGCUCUUGGACUGGUUGCACUAGGCUACUACUGGAUAUGGACUAGGAAAAGAGGAGGGACAAACGAGGAUGAGGAGGAGGAGGAGGAUGUGUCGUCCAUGGAGAUGGAUUUCCAGAAGGGCAGUGGACCUAGAAGGUUCUCAUACGGAGAACUCGCCGCGGCCACAAACAAUUUCGCGGAGGAAUUGAAGCUGGGAGAGGGUGGCUUCGGAGGGGUGUACAGAGGCUUCUUGAAGAAAGUAGAGUCAGACGUGGCGGUGAAGAGAGUGUCCAAGAGCUCGAAACAGGGCGCCAAGGAGUACGCGUCAGAAGUGAAGAUCAUCAGCCGGUUACGCCACAGAAACCUGGUGCAACUCAUAGGGUGGUGCCACGAGAAGAGGGAGCUCCUACUGGUGUACGAGCUGCAACCAAACGGCAGCUUGGACUCCCAUCUCUUCAACAACAAGUCCUCAUUGUCAUUGAGGUGGGAGACGCGGUACAAGAUCGCGCGCGGCCUCGCCUCCGCUCUGCUGUAUCUGCACCAGGAGUGGGAGCAGUGCGUGGUCCACAGGGACAUCAAGUCCAGCAACGUCAUGCUGGACUCCGGAUUCAACGCGAAGCUCGGGGACUUCGGGUUGGCGAGGCUGGUCGACCACGACAAGGAUACGCAUACGACCAUCUUGGCCGGGACGAUGGGGUACAUGGCCCCGGAAUGCGUGAUGACGGGCAGGGCCAGCAAGGAAUCGGAUGUGUACAGCUUCGGGAUCGUGGCGCUGGAGAUAGCGACGGGGAGGAGGGCGAUAGAGGGUGGGAUGAGGACGGUGGAGUGGGUGUGGGAGCUCUAUGGGAGAGGGCAGCAGCUUGAGGCGGCGGAUCCGGAUGUCGUCGGAUACGAGGAGCGGGAGAUGGAGAGGUUGAUGGUGGUGGGGCUGUGGUGUGCGCACCCGGAUGAUACUCUUCGCCCCUCCAUUAAGGAGGUGGUGCGGCUUCUCGGGUUUGAAGCUGAGCCGCCGCCGCUGCCGUCCAAGAUGCCGGUACCUACUUACUCUGCUCCUCCACCUACAACUUCUGUUACGUCUUUGAUUUCUGCCACUUCGUCUUCUACUUAUAGUUAUGCCACUUCAUCUUCUGCUUCGUCUUCUUCUGCGCUCUUGCGCUCCACAUGAGAUGAGGGCAUGUGUUAAUCUCAACAUUCAUUCAUAUCUCUAUCAUUGCCAUAUCAAAUCCAAACCUCAUCCUCUAUUACACAACAAUCUUCAUCAUCUGCAGCUCUUAUGUACGAAGUGAUCUUAUGAGUUAAAUUUAAUGAUGUUAAUUGAUGCUGUGUGAAAAUGCUUUCAUAGAA